UCCAAAAAUCAAACCCACUGGAAUGCAAAUUGUAACGGACUAGUACUCACAGAGGACACUGUGACCACUCCCACAGCAGAGGGUUACAAAACCUCAGCACAUCCAAGACUCCGCAGACAAGAAGCCUCCUCUCAUCUUCACAUCUCCAACCCCGGACAUCAGUAAACCAUGCGUUGUGCUCUUUACCUGAGUGUUAUAUUCUUCAUCUCAAUUUGCUUUGGGAUCAAAGCAGACGUGGAAGAACCCUGCCAACCUGAAAAUUUAACGGAUCUAUCCAAAAAAGUGAAUGAGUUAUGGGUCACUCUUCUGAAUGGAAUUCCACUUUGGAGCAAUUCUGAUGGAACCAUCCAUGCCAUAUGUAACUUACAACCAAAUCCAAAACUGGAUGCAGCCGAGCUCCAAAUCACAGGCAAGGCGUUGUUUAAGCAAAUCUAUCCAAAUGGCAAGUUAGAAGCAGUCUUUACUCUGCAUGGAUUUCCUGAGGAUGUCAAUCAAACCAUGAGAGCCAUUCAUAUCCAUAGCUAUGGUGACCUUAGCAAUGGCUGUGACUCUACUGGUGGGCAUUUCAAUCCCCAUUCUGUAAAUCACCCCGGCCACCCUGGAGAUUUUGGUAAUUUUCGUGUCCGAAAUGGGAAGAUCCAACAACACCUUACAAAUCUUGAACCUACGCUCUUUGGACCGUUUUCUGCAAUCGGAAGAUCAAUUGUUGUCCACAAGUUGGCAGAUGACCUUGGUAAAGGCAAUAACCAGGCCAGCCUGGAAAAUGGAAAUGCCGGCACACGUCUUGCUUGCUGUGUUAUCGGUUCCACCACAAGCAGCAUUUGGGAUAAUUACAUUCAAGAGAACGCAAGCCAAAAGAGUCCAAGAGUCUCAAGACGUGUUAGCAAAGUACGAAAAGCCAAAAUCUGAACCAAUUCUUAAAAAUGACCUGUCACCCCUCCUGACAUGUCUGUUUUAUUAACUAUUUGCAUUCCCCAUCUUUAUAAUACUUCUGGAGCAUCUAUUAUUAUGACUCUAUGAUGUGCCGUUCUUUUAUUAUUCCUGCUAGAUGUUAUGAAUGAAUAGCAGUCAGCAAUGAAGGCCCAGAUGGGUGUUACCAAUUGGGGUGUGUCCCUGCACAGUCUGAUACC